GGGUGACGCAGGCAGUGGGAGGAGGAGCAGCCUGACCCUCCUCCUCUCUUUGGGCCCCAAGCAAGGAGGAAGAGGAGGAGGAGGAAGAUGCCUUCUGCUGCUGCCAGCCUGACCCCGCAGGUGCAUUGGGCACAGCGGCACCAGGAGCUUUACCUGCGCGUGGAGCUCAGCGACGUCCAGAAUCCUGAAAUCACCAUCACAGACAAUGUGCUCCAUUUCAAAGCUCAGGGCCAUGGCGCCAAAGGGGACAAUGUGUACGAAUUCCAAAUCCAGUUCCUCGGACCAGUGGAGCCGCAGCCAGUGUACAAAGUGACGCAACGACAAUUGAGCAUCACGAUCAAGAAAGUGGAGAAACAUUGGUGGGUGCGGCUGACCAAGCAGGAGAAGCGACCCCUGUUCCUCGGUCCCGAUUUCGACCGAUGGCUGGACGAGUCCGACGCCGAGAUGGAGCUGAAGGCCAAGGAGGAAGAAAGGAUUAACAAAAUCAACUUUGAGAACAGGAUCCCCAAAGACCCGUUCCGGCACCUGAAGCGAGGCUACCUCUUCAUGUACAAUCUGGUGCAGUUCCUGGGCUUCUCCUGGAUCUUUGUAAACAUGACCGUCCGGCUGUUCAUGCUGGGGAAAGAUUCCUUCUUUGAUACGUUCCACACGACGGCAGACAUGAUGUACUUCAGCCAAAUGAUGGCCGUCCUGGAGAUUGUAAACACCUUGAUAGGUCUGGUCCGAGCUCCUCUUUUGCCCGUCCUUUUCCAGGUUAGUGGAAGGAACUUUGUUUUAUUCAUUGUCCUUGGAAGCGUGGAAGAAAUGCAGAGCAAAGCCGUUGUGUUCUUCAUCUUCUACAUCUGGAGCAUGGUAGAGAUAUUCAGGUAUCCUUUCUACAUGUUGUCCUGCAUCGAUAUCGAAUGGAAGAUCCUGACCUGGAUCCGCUAUAGCAUCUGGAUCCCCCUUUAUCCACUGGGAAUCUUAGCCGAAGCGGUGUCCAUAAUCCAAGCAAUUCCCGUCUUCAGCAGCACUGGCAGGUUCAGCUUCAUGCUGCCGUAUCCAUUGAGCAUCACCAUCCCCUUUUCGGUCUUUCUUCAACUCUAUCUUGUGUUUCUAUUUCUUGGGCCAUUUGUGAACUUCCGCCACCUCUACAAGCAGCGCAAACGGCACCUUGGACCCAAAAAGAGGAAAAUGCACUAAAACCCAGCACUGGAACGAUUCUAGGUCCUCAUCUACUUUGAAGGCAUCUAUCUCUCAUUCCUCGUCAUGGUUUUAUUUGUCCUUGUCACCUGAAAAAAAACCAGUUUUGUACAGCGAUACCGACAGGCGUCUUUCCCAAACGCGCUCACACAGUUUCCAAGGAAAUGUGCCCCUUUCACAAAACCGUAUUGUCCUUUGCUCAAGUGAACAAACACCAAACAGGAGUCAGACCUUUUGACAACUGGUUUCCUGCUCAAUAGGCAAAGCGUUGAAGGAGAAGAAAAACUUCCCAAA